CAUCUCACCCUAGACCCGCCCAACCCAUGCCUCCCUCCCUUUCUCUGCUGGGGUCCUGCCCGCCUCCCUGAGGGAGUCCACCCUGUUUUAAGGACUCCGGGAGGGGCGAGAGGCCGGGCUGGGGGCCUGGAGGGUCGGGGGAGGAGAAAGGGAAAGCCGAGGCGAGAGAAAUUAGGAGGCGGGAGAAAUAGAGGGUUAAAAGGAAGAGGAGAGUCAGAGGAUGGUGGAGAGCACUUUUUGGAAGCCGCCAAGCCGCGUCUCAGGCUGGCCCGGCUGAGCUGGGGCAAAAGGAACGAGAGGGGCGCAAGGCGGGCUUUUGGGCAGCGGGAGGCAGCUCGGCGGGGGCCUGACCUCCCCAGAGCGCCCCGCAGCGGCCGCGCAGAUCCGGCCCCGCCGUCUGGCAGCCAGUCCGGGAUCUGCCAUUGAGCCGCCCCCCGGGGCACUGAGCGCUCUCGCAGCGUCCAAACCGGCCGGCCGGCGGGCAGGCGGGACGUGCGCCCUGGGCGCGCGAGGCGCUGAGGCCCUAGGAGCCCUGCCGCCGUGACGCGCGGACCAGUAUGGCGAUGCACGCCCUCACCGGCUUCUCGCUGGUCAGCCUGCUAGGCUUUGGCUACUUGUCCUGGGACUGGACCAAGCCCAGCCUGGUGGCCGACGGGCCCGGGGAGGUCAGCGAGCAGCCCUCUGCUGCUCCGCCCCAGCCUCCCCACAUCAUCUUCAUUCUCACCGACGAUCAGGGCUAUCACGACGUGGGCUACCAUGGCUCAGAUAUCGAGACCCCUACGCUGGACCGGCUGGCGGCUGAGGGCGUCAAACUGGAGAACUAUUAUAUCCAGCCCAUCUGCACGCCUUCGCGGAGCCAACUCCUCACCGGCAGGUACCAGAUCCACACAGGACUCCAGCAUUCCAUCAUCCGCCCACGGCAGCCUAACUGCCUGCCCCUGGACCAGGUGACGCUGCCCCAGAAGCUGCAGGAGGCAGGUUACUCCACCCACAUGGUGGGCAAGUGGCACCUGGGCUUCUACAGAAAGGAGUGUCUGCCCACCCGCCGGGGCUUUGACACCUUCCUGGGCUCGCUCACAGGCAAUGUGGACUACUACACCUACGACAACUGUGAUGGCCCAGGGGUGUGCGGCUUUGACCUGCAUGAGGGCGAGAGUGUGGCCUGGGGGCUCAGUGGUCAGUACUCCACUCUGCUGUAUGCCCAGCGCGCCAGCCACAUCCUGGCCAGCCACAGCCCCCGGAGGCCCCUCUUCCUCUACGUGGCCUUCCAGGCGGUACACACACCCCUGCAGUCCCCACGUGAGUACCUGUACCGCUACCGUACCAUGGGCAACGUGGCCCGGCGGAAGUAUGCAGCCAUGGUGACCUGCAUGGACGAGGCUGUGCGCAACAUCACCUGGGCCCUCAAGAGGUAUGGCUUCUACAACAACAGCAUCAUCAUCUUCUCCAGCGAUAAUGGUGGCCAGACUUUCUCAGGGGGCAGCAACUGGCCGCUCCGAGGACGCAAGGGCACUUACUGGGAAGGUGGUGUGCGGGGCCUUGGCUUCGUCCACAGCCCCCUGCUCAAGCGAAAGCGAAGGACAAGCCGGGCACUGGUGCACAUCACUGACUGGUACCCAACCCUAGUGGGUCUGGCAGGUGGCACUGCCUCAGCGGCUGAUGGGCUGGAUGGCUAUGAUGUGUGGCCAGCCAUCAGUGAGGGCCGGGCCUCGCCGCGCACAGAGAUCCUGCACAACAUUGAUCCCCUCUACAACCACGCUCGGCACGGCUCGCUGGAGGGCGGCUUUGGCAUCUGGAAUACAGCUGUGCAGGCCGCCAUCCGCGUGGGCGAGUGGAAGCUGCUGACGGGAGACCCUGGCUAUGGGGACUGGAUCCCACCGCAGACGCUGGCUGCCUUCCCUGGCAGUUGGUGGAACCUGGAGCGGAUGGCCAGUGCCCGCCAGGCCGUGUGGCUCUUCAACAUCAGUGCCGACCCCUAUGAGCGGGAGGACCUCGCUGGCCAGCGGCCUGAUGUGGUCCGUGCCCUGUUGGCCCGCCUGGCAUACUAUAACCGCACAGCCAUCCCAGUGCGCUACCCGGCAGAGAAUCCCCGGGCCCACCCUGACUUUAAUGGGGGUGCUUGGGGCCCCUGGGCCAGUGAUGAGGAAGAAGAGGGAGAAGAAGAGGAAGGCAGGGCUCGGGGCUUCCCCCGGGGUCGCCGCAAGAAAAAAUGCAAGAUUUGCAAGCUGCGAUCCUUUUUCCGAAAACUCAACACCAGGCUCAUGUCCCAACGGAUCUGAUUGGGGGAACAGGGGUCUCAGUCACCCUAGAUGUACUUCCCCACUCAAGCCUGGUCCUGUUUCUUCUCAGGGAGGAGCCUGAGGUCAAGCCUGCUCUGCCCAGGGAAUAAAGCCCCUUGGUUGAACAAGGUGGAGAGCUCAGCUGGCUCCGUGGUAGAGAGGAAAAUAAACCAGACUGGGUUGCCUGGGUUCCAGUCCUGCUUUUCUACUGACAUGCUCUGAGACCUUGGGUGGCCUGUUCAAGCUCCCUGGGCCUCAGUUUCCUCACCUGUAAGAUGGGCUGUAAUGACUUUGUGACUCUACGGUGGUGGACCUGGUGCUCAGGGCCGUGAUAGAGUUCCUGCCUGACCCUACCUCCUCCUGGCUCAUUUAAGGCCUCGCCCUUGAACUUUGAAUUCUGUGGUGCUGCUUGGGUGAGGGGCCACUUGGAGGCAACUCCAGGCCUGGGGAGGGGGUGAUGUGAAGAGACCCUAGCCGAGGAAUGAGCAAUCUGGUGGCUCUCUGAAGGGUUCUGUUGAGUGCUGAGGGUGGAGGUGCAGGGAUCAGGGGGAAGGUGACCUUUUUGGGUCUUCGCAUGGCCAGGGCCAGUCCCGGGGCCAGACUGAUCCUUCCUGCCCCCAGAACCCAGAGGAACUGUUAGCCACUGCAGGGCCAAGGAUGGUCGAAACAGCUGGGAAGCUGGGAAACGAGCCCCUGAAUGAACAAUCAGGACCCCAAGCUCUCCUUGGACAGUGGGCACAGCCCUCCCCUCUAUUUCUCUAUCUGCGAACGGGGGUGCCAGCCCUGGCUCUGCCUACCUCACUGGGCUGUUGAGGACUGGCUGAGGGAAUGGCCGUGAAGGAGCCUGUGAACUUGAUUAAAAUGCCAGAACAUGAA